CAAUCUUUUAAGAUACAGUACAACACACUUCUCCCAUUAGCAGACAAAACACACUCUCUCCAUAGAACAACCUAACAUUACAACAUAAUACAUGCACAACUAUUCCUUUAUAUAUAUCUAUAUAUAUAUAUAUAUAGAUAAUCUUUCUAUAUAUAUAUAAUACCAUCUCACCAAACUUGAGAAAAAAACUAGUCCAAUAUUUCUCUUCAAUAUGGGAAAUGCAGCAGCCUCAUGUGCUCCUUCAUUGUUGAGCAGCAGCAGCAGCAAUGGAGUAAUCAGAGUGUUAUCUUCAUCAGAUGGAAGAAUGGAAAUCUACAGAAGACCCAUCAAAGCAGCUGAGCUAAUGCUCCAAAAUCCAGGCAUGUUCGUCUGUGAUUCCACCUCCCUCCAAGUGGGUCACCGCAUUCAUGGCCUCUCCGCAGACCAACUGCUCGACAAAAAGCCCCAACAACAACAACAACAGCUCUACUUGCUUCUUCCAAUGGAGCUUCUUUACUCGGUUCUUACUCUUGAAGAAAUGGCUUCUUUCAAUUCUUUGUUAAUUGGAACCAAUCUCGUUAUUAGUGAUAAUCCAACUAAAUCCUCACUCAAUCACAGUAUCAACUUUGGUAAGAUUUUUCCUUCUCUUGGUGAGUUUUGUAUGUUUCUUCCUCAGAGUAAUAGUUCUAAUGAUCAUAAUUCUUCUGAGGUUGUUGAGAGGAACUACUGCAAGCAGAGAUCAUGGAGACCUGCUUUAGACACCAUUGUUGAAACUACUCCAUCUUCUAAACAACAUUAUUGAUUAAUUUUAGUAGUUUUUUUUUUAAUUGUAAUUUUUUUUGGGGUUGUAUAUUGUUUUUAGUUUAGAGUAAUGCUAUAUAUAUAUAUAUAUGACAAUUUUGCGGGCAUCACUUCACUUUUAAGUCUUACUGGUGAGACUCUUCAAUGUUCUCGAUCUGUGAAGAGUUCUCGGCGCGAUUAUUUUUUAUAAUAGCAUAUAUUGUAGUUAUUUUAACGCAAUUUUUAGAAAAUUUCAAAUAAUUUUGCAUGCAUCGUCAAUAUUUUUGUAUGGUAGUGGAAAAAACAUUUAUAUAUAUAAUGUUUAUAUAUAUACAUCUAUGUGGAUA